UUUCUCUUUUUCAUUCUUCACUCUCCCUUUCUCCAUAAUUCAUAAAAACAUAUUCAAGAUGACUCGCACUUUCUUCGUUGGUGGCAACUGGAAGAUGAACGGCUCUGUGUCCCAAGUCAAGACCCUUGUGGACAACCUUAACAAGGUCUCCAUUCCUUCCGGAACUGAGGUCGUCAUUGCUCCUCCCGCUCUUUACAUUGAUCGCGUCCGUCAAACCUUGAACAAGGAGAUUGGCGUCGCUGCUCAGAACACCUAUGCCAAGUGCAGCGGUGCUUUCACUGGUGAAAUCAGUCCCGAGAUGCUCAAGGAUCUCGGUAUUGACUGGACCAUUCUCGGUCACUCUGAACGCCGUGAAAUCUUCAAGGAAUCCAGCGAGUUUGUCGGUGAAAAGACUGCUCACGCUUUGAAGGCCGGUAUCAAGGUCAUUGCUUGCAUCGGUGAGAAGCUCGAGGAACGUGAAAACAACACCACCACCCAAGUCGUCACCGCCCAAUUGAAGGCUAUUGCCGACAAGAUCGAUGACUGGACCAACGUUGUCGUUGCUUACGAACCCGUCUGGGCUAUUGGUACCGGCAAGGUCGCCACUCCUGAGCAGGCUCAGGAAGUCCACGAAACCCUCCGCAAGUGGCUCGCCGAAAACGUCUCCAAGGACGUCGCCGAAAAGACCCGCAUCAUCUACGGUGGUUCCGUCAGUGCCGCCAAUGCUGCCGAAUUGGCCAAGAAGCAGGAUGUCGACGGUUUCUUGGUCGGUGGUGCUUCGUUGAAGCCUGAAUUUGACCAGAUCAUCAACGCUCGCCAGUAAACGGGGGGCGUUUCGCAAUAUUUUCCUUUUGGUUUUUUUUUUCUAUACUGUGAUUCUUUUCUGUUGAUGUAAAUGGUUCCAAUUUUUUUCUCUCAUCUUGUAUCAUGUUUAUUACACCAUCGUACAAUAAAGUGAAUAAAUGAAGAGAUACAUGGAAAAAAAGAAUCGCCUUUACCGAAAUGGGGGAAGAGGUG